AUGGUCCAUCUUCCGCCCUCCCCCCGCGUUGGCUCUUAUUACACUCCCCUUACAUUGGCCCCACCUACCUUACCUUUCCCAACUGCAAAGGCUUCUACCGCGGGUUUGCCAGCAAGUGCUUUUCUUUGGAAAACGGUCCCAUACUGUGCGUCAUCACAUCUGGUCGUCUGUGUAGUUUCGGACUUUCUCGGCUCUUUCCCUCCGCCCGCUCUCCCCGCAUCUUCCCCCUGCAACCCUGAGUGUCGUCAACGUCCUCUGGUUCCAACAGGGUAUCCAUUUGUUUCUUUGCCUCGGUUUUGA